AUGAAAGGCCCGUUUUUAGCAAGCUUGUUCGGGCUGCCCCGGUUAUUUCAGAGCAGCUGUAGAUUAUACGUGAAAAUGAUUAGCCAAGAGCAUAACACAUCAGUGGGUUUGUGAGGAAUAUCUGUGCUGCUUAUUCAUUGUUAAUUUGCAUGUAGCGCACAGCGUGCCUCUGAGCGGCGGCUUGCCGGCAGGCUGCAGCCCGGAUGAAGGCACCUCAGUCCCGCAAACCGUCGCACCACUCGGCCUGCUGGGUAAUUUGGAAUUUUUUCACGGAGCGAACUGCCAAAUGCAUUUGCACCGACGGAAAAAAUCUGCGCUGUAGUAGCUCAACCUAGGAAACCAGUACAUUUGCCGUUCCUUAUGGCUUCUGGCUCCGGAGAUGAAGACGGAAACCAGGAAGGCGUUUCCUGGAGACUCAUAGGCCCGGCAGCGGGGCUCUCCAAGAAGCGCUGCCGUCUAAUGUACUCCUCCCUCGGCUACGACUCUGAUGUCUGCCUCUUCUACGUGAAGGGGGAGUUUUUUGCCAUGGAUGCUCGCUGUUCACAUUCCGGUGGUCCUCUGUGCGAGGGGGACAUUGAGGAGGCUGAUGGAGUCCUGCAGGUCUUCUGUCCCUGGCACGACUAUAACUUUGACCUCAGAACUGGGAAGUCAGGGACCUCCUUACAGCAACAAGUGUAUGAAGUCAAGCAGGAGGAUGGCAACGUGUAUGUAAAACACACCAGUCUUCUCUCCUUGGAGCCUUUUCCUGCAGAUCAGAAGAACAGCCUCCGUGCAACAGCCUCAUCUUCCAGCCCGUCAUGAUGCCGCUGUUAGAGGUCUAUUUUUAAGACUUGUUCCACGAAACCCAAGCCAUCUGAAGCAUUCCUUCGCCUUAUCUACCAUUUUCACAGACCGUUUCUACGUUGAUUGCUCUGAACUCAGGGUGAUAUGGAGAGGAUUGUCUGAAGAGUACAUGACAUCAUGAAACAACUUCAGAGUUUUUCUUGCUGCCAUUCCAGGUAGAGACUUCUCUCAAGCUCACUGCUGCCCUCAGUACCACACCUGACAGUAUGAAACAUGAAAACACAAAAUGUUACUAACAU